AUGGCCGAGAGAGGAACUGAUCUCGGCCGUCAGGUUCACGACCUGAGCUACAAGGCCGUUUUAGUGGUGGUGUUGGUGGUGGGUUUUAGGUGGUGCUCCGGCGCGUUGCUCAGAGAGCGACGGUCUCCUGAGCUUAGUAUUUAUAGAAGGAGUCUUGGAGGGACAAUCGAGGCUGAAAAGACCUACGUGUGGAGCCUGAUCGGGGCAAGUGGGUAG